AAUGCCCUGGAAAAAAAUCUGAAGAUGGUCCAUGGCUAUCCCGUGAUCUGUGUUUUUAUGAACAACUGGGAAAAGGUUGAACAGUUCCACAGACCAGAUGACAUGGUGAUAGCCACUUACCCUAAAUCAGGUACCACUUGGGCUAGUGAAAUUGUAGACAUGAUUUUAAAUGAUGAAGUUGAAAAAUGUAAGUGAGACUUUAUUAAUGUUAAAGCUCCAAUAUUGGAAAUUACCCUCCCUGGACUAAGAACAUCACGUUUAGAGCAGAUAGAGAAGAAUCCAUCAUCUCAGUUUAUGAAGACUUAUCUACCAACUAAUCUUCUCUCUAAGGCUUUCUGGGAGAAACACUGCAAGAUGAUUUAUCUGGCUCAAAAUGCCAAGGCCGUUGCUGUCUCAUACUACCAUUUUUACUUAAUGAGUAAUUUAAGACCUUUUCCCAGCACCUGGGAAGAAUAUCUGGAGAAAUUCCUAUUUGGAAAAGUUUAUUUAAAACUUAUGAAGAAUGAGCCAACCAAAUGUGAAUUUCCUUCAAAUCCAAAGACAGAAAUCAAGAAGAUUAUUAAAUUUCUAGAGAAGAACCUGAAUGAUGAGAUUUUGGAUAGGAUCAUCCAUCAUACCUCAUUUGAAGUGAUGAAGGACAAUCCUCUGGUGAAUUAUACGCAUGUACCAAAUAUAGUCAUGGAUCACAACAAAUCUUUUAUGCACAAAUUAACUGCUUUGCUGAGUUUCAUUUCCCUUUUUUACUUUUAUACCCUGAACUAA